GGUGCCGUAGCCGGGUCAGGAAGCCGGGAGAGAACGGCCUGGUGCAGACACCACCCAUCGGGGCGUUCACGUCCUGUCGAAGGGCGAGCGGCGGGUGAGACUCGAGACCCGCCUCCAUGAAUGCACUGGGUCCUGCUGUGAGGCACUCGAAUUGAGAAGGUCUAGGCAAACAUGCCUCUUGAACCAUCGCUGUCUCUCCUCUGCAGAGCUCUUAUGCUCACUGGCAGACUAGAAGCAAGUUAAACGGAACACGCAUCCGCAGCUCAAACGACGGCAUGGCGCUUUGAAGGUGGAAGUAGCAUGGUGUCGGCCAUGGGUCAUCAGGACACAGCCGGACAAUGUGGACCACUUUCUUCAAACUACGAGUCUUCUGCUGUCUGUUUGCAGUGCUAAUGGUGGUGGCGCUGGUCGUCAAUGUGACUCAGGUGGAGUAUUUGGACCAUGAGACGCUCUCAGGGACAUUCAUCGACAGCAGUGGCCAGUUUGUUUCCCCGCAGGCAACGGGCAUUAGCCGGAAUCCAUACUGUGGUUAUGAGCACCAGGCCCUGUCCAGUCAGGAACGCUUAGAAGAGGAUGCAUUGCUUGCUGCCUCAAAGUGGCAGGUGCCUGAUGUGGACUUGGUCCCUUUUGUGAAGAGCACCGACCCUUCCUCCAGCUAUUUUGUCAUCUUGAAUUCUGCAGCCUUCUUCAAGGUGGGGAGCCAGCUGGAGGUGCUGGUUCACGUGCACGAUUUUGAAGGGAAGCCCAAGAAGUAUGGCGGAGACUACCUGCAGGCCAGAAUUCACUCGCCCAAGCUGCAGGCGGGGGCCAUGGGCAGAGUGGUAGACUACCAGAAUGGAUUUUACAAAGUGUUUUUUACCCUGCUCUGGCCUGGCCGAGUUAGAGUGUCCAUAUCUCUGGUUCACCCCAGUGAAGGGAUCAGAGUUCUUCAGUACCUGCAGGAAGCUAAACCAGACAGGGUCUAUUUCAAGAGUCUCUUCCGCUCGGGAAGGAUUUCGGAAACGAUGAAGUGCAAUGUGUGCCUCCCGGGAAGUCUUCCCCUGUGCAACUUUACAGACCUCUACACAGGGGAGCCCUGGUUCUGCUUCAAACCAAAGAAGCUCCCCUGCAGCAGCAGAAUCAACCACUUCAAGGGCGGAUACAUGAAGGGCCUUCUCACUGCUGCGGACAGUGCUUUCUUUCAGAGUGGUGUCAAUAUCAAAAUGCCGAUCAACUCCAGCGGACCUGACUGGGUGACUGUGAUUUCCAGGAGAAUGAAAGAAUAUGGGGAAAGCCUGGGAUUUCUUCAAGCGAAGCCAACAGGAAGUAUUGCCUGUAAGCUUGCAGGACAGCAAAUAUGUGAAACUGAUGACCUAGAAGUAUCUCAAGGUUCAGGAACUUUUCCUUCUGGAUAUUUCUACAAAGACCAGUGGAGGCCCAGGAGGUUUAAGAUGCGCCGUUUUGAUGACCCUGAUAACAUCACAGAAUGCUUGCAAAGAAAAAUGGUGUAUUUAUUCGGUGACUCAACCAUCAGGCAGUGGUUUGAAUACCUCACUAUGUUUGUCCCAGAUUUAGUGGAGUUCAAUUUGGGUAGUCCCAAGAACGUUGGUCCCUUCCUUGCAGUGGACCAGAAACACAACAUCUUGCUCAAAUAUCGCUGCCAUGGUCCACCCAUCCGCUUCACGAGUGUCUUCAGUAAUGAGCUUCACUAUGUGGCCAAUGAACUGAAUGGGAUUGUGGGAGGGAAGAACACAGUGGUGGCCAUAGCUGUGUGGUCUCACUUUAGCACAUUCCCCUUGGAAGUCUAUAUCCGGAGGCUCAGGAACAUCCGACGAGCUGUGGUCCAACUCUUGGAUCGAAGCCCUAAGACUGUGGUUGUCAUCCGGACAGGCAAUGCCCAAGAGCUGGGGCCUGAGGUCAGCCUUUUCAACAGUGACUGGUACAACUUUCAGCUGGACACUGUCCUUCGGAGGAUGUUCUCAGGGGUUGGAGUCUAUCUUGUCGAUGCCUGGGAGAUGACCUUGGCUCAUCAUCUACCCCACAAGCUGCAUCCAGAUGAAGUGAUUGUGAAGAACCAGCUGGACAUGUUCUUAUCUUACGUAUGCCCCUUGGAGACCUAACUAUCUACUAAAGGAAUCACAUUUGGUGACCUUUCCAAUUGACUUGUAGUAUAGAAAAUUUGUGAUUGGCUCCAUUGUGAGAUGGAUGUUAUUAAUAUGUUUGACAUUUCAAAAAAAAGAGCUGUACUUUGCAUAAUGACUUGUAAAGAACUUAGGCAGCGUAGACUGCAUUUGUAUCUACCUGUAGGAUUUUUCCGUCUUGACACAGCCAUUGUAGAGCUCUUAUUAACAGCAUCUACACACUGUAUUGCCCUGUAACCAAAGAUGCUAACGAGUGUAUUUGAGCUAGCUUCUCCCGGGGUGGAGAUUUCUGUGCUAAUGCCUCCGUGAAGUGUUUUGAGUAAACAGAAUGGAUAGAUUUGGUUGGCAGUGCUUUGUGUUCCAUUUGCCUGGUAAAGGAAGUGGAACACGUCUUCAUGAUCAGCACAAGGAUCCCUCCUCAGGAAUAGAGCAUUUAUCGCCAGAGGUUCUCAAGGCCACGCUGAAGACUGCUGUAUCUCAGGAGUUUCUAUUGACUUUUUUCCCCUGAAUUACUUGGAAAGGCCAAUGUGUGUGGUCAGAAUUUUAUAAUAAGGAUAUUAACAAUUUCCUGCUUUUGUCUUGGAAAGAAGCAAAACAGAAGCAGAAAUCUGUGCUUUGGAUUGGUAUUCACAUUUGAUAAUUAUUUCUUACUAGAUUCAGCUACAUUUUAGGUGAUGAACAGUUAUUCUAGAAUGACUGCUUUUGGAAACAAAUAUGGAAACAGAAGUUUAUUUUCAUGUUCUGGAGCGUGUGCGUUUUGAGAACUGAUUCUUAUGUAAAGAAUGCUGCCGACUGUCAUAACAUUGUAGAGUUUCUCCAAUCAGCAGUUCCAAGUGUUUCUCUUCUCUUUUAGCUGUCAUGAAGCAUAUGCUGAGUUAGACAUUAAACCAGAUCAGAAAUUAAUAAAAUUAGAUAUUAAAGUCUAUGGUAGGUAUUUUUUGAUUUGGGCAUAAAUUAUACAUACACAUUAUCUCAUGCUUGGGAAUAAAAAGCUCCUAUUUAGCUCUCUGUUAUUCCUGCUAGCUUUUCGUCUUUAGGGACUGUGGCUCAAACCCAAGACCUUGACCAUGCUAGGCAGACGCUCGGCUCUCCGGAGUUACAUUCCUAACCCAUUUCUGAACAUCCAAAAAUAAAAGGAUUGGCCAUUUUUAUUGGA